AUGUCCCUCCCUAUGAGCAUCAACCCCUUCCCAUUAUCCCAUUCCCACAAAGUCUCUGUCCUCUCUGCCUCCAAACCCCUCAGGCCACGCUGGCCUCGGAUGGGCUCCACAACCAGUACGCCAAUCGCCACCGCCCAUCGCAACGGCAAGAAGGAGAAGAUCGUUGUCGUCAUGGGGGCCACCGGCACCGGAAAGUCCAAACUUUCCAUCGACCUUGCCACCCGCUUCGGCGGGGAGAUCAUCAACUCCGACAAAAUGCAAGUCUACAAGGGUCUCGACAUCACCACCAACAAAAUCCCACCCAACGAGCGGCGCGGUGUCCCCCACUACCUCCUCGGCGAGGUCGACCCGGAAGACGGCGAGCUCACCCCCGAGGAGUUUCGCCAGCUCGGCGAGUCCAUCAUCUCCGACAUCACUUCGAGAAAGAAGCUACCCCUCAUCGUCGGUGGGUCCAACUCGUUGGUACAUGCGCUGGUCGUGGAGAAGUUCGAUCCCGAGUCAAACGUCUUCGACGGGUCGGGGUUGGUCUCGUCGGAGCUGAGGUACAACUGUUGUUUUCUCUGGGUGGACGUAUCGUUCUUGGUGCUGUCGGAGUACCUGUCGAAGCGGGUGGACGACAUGCUGGAUAUGGGGAUGUUCGAGGAGCUGGCAGAGUUUUACGACCCCGCCGAGUCCGAAAACACGUCCCCUCGUACCGGGUUGGGGAAAGCCAUCGGAGUCCCAGAGUUCGAGAGGUAUUUCAAAAGGUUCCCAUCCCCCGCUGCCGAUCCGGUGCGGAAGAGUGCAUACGAGGAGGCGGUGAGGGAGAUAAAGGACAACACGUGUCAGCUGGCGAAGCAGCAGAUAGGGAAAAUCAUAAAGCUGAGAGGAGCCGGGUGGGACCUACGGAAGAUGGACGCGACGGAGGCGUUAAUUGCGGUGAUGACGUCAGCGGAGGGACGUUCAGAAAUUUGGGAGAAGCAGGUGCUGGAGCCAAGCGUGAAGAUUGUGAAGGCUUUCUUGGAGGAGUAG